UUAUGUAAUAAAUACUGUAUUAAUAUUUAAUAACAAAAAUGUUAAAUACAUUACUAUUGAAACACAUUAUUACUAUCGGCGGCCAAACUGGUGGACAACAAUUAUUACGAUCAUCACCACUGUUGGCGGUUGUCAGCGAUGGUGGCAUGCGAUGUCUGACCACUGGCCGCGUGUGCCGUACCUACCAGUACGACACGGCCCAGAACCGGCCCUAUCCGGAACCGAAACGUUGGCCGGAAAAAAAUCUAAUAGUUUUGCCGCCGACUACCGAAUUGGACGCCACUCCAAACAUUCGGACCUAUUGUCACUAUCGGUCAAACAUCAAGUAUUCGCCGAAAAAGAUGUGGUUUAUAACCAGUUUUAUCCGCGGGAUGUCUAUCGAUGAGGCCGUUAAACAGUUGUCGUUUGUGCCGAAAAAAGGCGCCCAAAUUGUCAAAGAGAUACUACUGGAGGCCCAGGAGUUGGCCGUUCGGGACCAUAAUUUCGAGUUUCGUUCGAAUAUGUGGAUCGGCGAAAGUUUUGCCACCAAAGGCUUUGUGGUCAAAGGUAUCCGAAAGCACGCGCGCAUGAGGUUCGGUGAGAUUCGCUAUUUUCAUUGUCACUACUUUGUACGGCUGGUCGAAGGAAAGCCGCCGAAAGACUACUGGGGUAAUCAAAAGGACGGAAAUCAACGACUCGAGGAAUGGGUUGACGAACUGCGGGCCAGACGUAUUGACUAUGGCUUGUGAGGAGUAGAUCGGUAACCCGAUAACAGAGUAGAUAUCUAUCGUAAUUAAUAGUCAUUGAAAUUGAUCCAUACAUUAGUAUGU